UGAUGAAUUUCAAAAAGGACCAUGCGUUAAAUGAUUAGCUAUGUCCAUUUGCUAGUAUGGAAUUUGGACUUUCGAAGAAAUUAACAAUGUGUGCCGCCAAAUGUAGUGCUACAGAAAAUUGCACGAGCUUCUUUUAUAACAAGCAGACGACAACAUGCAAAGGUGCACCGGGAAUGAUCACCUCAGCCGUUGGAUGUGAAGAUGUCAUAAAAACAGUGUACUACAAAAACGAAGAUUAUGGAAGUUAUGGUUCAAAUUGCGACGUUUCUGAAUGUAUGAUGACAAACAGCAUGUGUCUGGAAGGCGUGUGUUCUUACCAGCCAGGCUAUAAGUAUAAUCGGACAUCAGGUUUCUGUGUGACAAACUGUACACUCUAUGGCGUCACUUAUAUUGAAUAUCGUGAUAGGAUAUUUAAUGAAGCCUUAAUAGCCACUUAUUCCGGUCUUUCUCUAGAAAUGUGCAAAGCAAACUGUUCAGAAACAAGUGCAUGUAGAAGCAUUGGCCAUGGGCCGGUGACAGGAUUGUGUAAACUAAGACCAAGCACACCUUUAGAAUAUCCUGCAGCGUUCAAAACUUACCAAGGAGCAAACUAUUACACCCGAAACUGUGGGUAGAAGGAAACGGAGUAAAAUCUUUCUUUUCAGAAGAAAAUAAAGACAUAUAACAUAAAGUGUGUAACAUGCAUUUGAAUAUCGCAAUAAAUCGACGAGUCGGCGACUGAUGCUUACUUAUGUUUCAUUUGACUUUAAAAAACAAGUUCAAAUUCCAGACAAACAAAGAAUUUAACAACCUUGGUGUCAAAUUUAUGGCUUAUAUUUUGAAAAGAGAAAAGUACAUUUAAAGACACUUGAAUUCAAUCUUUGUUGUGAAAUUUACAUGUUGUUUGUUAUAAAAGUGUAAAUAAAAGUAAAUGAUUUUUAUCAUCAACGCUGCAAAUUUCUGUAUACAGAGAUAAUAGUAUAUGUGAUAGACAAACACGUGUUUAUAUCUCCCUGUGGAAACAUUCUUUCUAGUGUACGGCACCACACUAGACUA